AUGGACGCCCCUCUCCUCGCCAGGCAGAUCUCCAGCAGCUGCCUGAGCUCCUCGAUGCGCCGCCUCGCCCUCUCAGACUCAUCGCGGGCCCUCCCCGCGAACCAGAUCCGCCACCAGUCCUCCGCCUCCCGGACCAAGCGCGCCCUCAACAUCCCGCCGCACCCGUCCUUCCUCACCUCCUCGUCCUCCUCAGCAGCAGCGCCGACCACCCAGUCAUCAGACCACAUCAUCUUCAACCCGCCGGCCUCGGCCCCCUCCGUCUAUCACACACCCUUCAAGUUCCUCCCCAAGUCCGACCCCCGGCGCCGCGCCAACCUCAACGCCCUCUUCUCCUCCUCCACGACCGUCCGCUUCAGCGACUCCUCUUCUACCUCGCCCUCAUCCGCUGCCGCUGCCGACGGCGGCGCCGUCCCAGAACUGCCCCCGCGCGUCGAGCACGACUACUACCGGGCCUCGCGGCACCACCUGUCCAAGGAGGACGUCGCCGAGAUGCGGCGCCUGCGCGCCCAGGACCCCCUGGCCUGGAGCGUGCACGCCCUGGCCAAGAAGUACGACUGCUCGCCCAUCUUCGUCAUGAUGGUCGUGCAGGCCUCGCAGGAGCACAAGGACCAGGUGCGCGCGCGCCUCAACGGCAUCCGCAGCCGGUGGGGCCCCAAGAAGGCCCAGGCGCGCGAGGACCGGAGGAAGCGGAGGGAGAUGCUGUACAACGGCGAGAUAUGA